AUGAUUCGGCCCACCAACACGGACGGCGUGAAUCCAGAUUCCAGUCGGCAUGUGCUCAUCGAGGACAGCUACUUCCAGACCGGGGACGAUGCAGUGGCCAUCAAGAGUGGAUGGGACUGCUUUGGGCGCGGGGCUCGGCACUGA